ACUCAGUGCCAUCACAACGCUGACUUGUGGUUCACAGAAAAAAAAAUCGGUUGCAUUAGCAUGAGAAUCAAUAUUGCUGUGCCUGGAGUAACUCUGAGAUGGAGUUAGUUCCAUACAUAGGUUCUCUUCCUUCAAGCAAAAUAACCAACUGAGGGGAACGCGGCCGUCGGUCACUGUCCCUCGACCAUCCUCGCCGUGACAAGUGAGCGAGCGCGGCUGUGUUAACGUUAAAUACUGUUUUACAAUGAACUCUGCUAGUAAAGUUGGUGAGAUUUUCUUGGCUGCUGGCACGGCCUUCAAUAAACUUGCAGAACUCACGAUGCAGCUCCAUCCCACAGCUGAACAAUCACCAGCAGGCACAAAAUGGACUGAUGAUGAGAUAGAAAUGCUGCGAUCAUCUGUGAAAAGAUUCGGUGAUGAUCUUAACGUUAUCAGUCAGAGGAUAAAAUCACGUACUGUUACACAAAUUCGGUCAGCGCUUAAGAAGAAGGCUUUUGAGGAUGUGGGUAUAUCUCCGCAAGCUGCAGCAGCCUUACAAGCCCAGCAAACUACUACUACUCAAGCAGGGGCUAGUGGAGGUGGAGGGAGUAUGCUUGGUGGCAGAGAUGUGACCCUCAACAUGCUCAAUGCAUCAGAAUCUGAAGUAGACGUGGAGGGAAUGGGUGGUGUAGGCAUGGACUUUGAAGGUGCAAAUGAGGUGGUUACUUCUUAAUAGUCAUUUAGAGAAAAAAUAUAUGUAAUAAGGUCAAACUUUCAAGAGUGGUGUAAAAAUUGUAUAAAUAUUUCUCCUAAGGAUGUUUACUCUCAACCCAAAAUAUUAACCGUUUGGUUACUGCAACGCUCAGGUAACAUAUACUGUGCAUAUGUGAUAGCAUUGCUGCUGUUCAGUACAUGUUAAGUGAAACUAGUAGAGUAUGGGGUAACCAAGAGGUUCAGAAUGGCAAAUUAGCAUUGUAGUUUUUGUAUCUUUAAGAAAAAAAUUAUGAGUAAUGACAGAUAACCUUUAUUUAUGUGGUUAUCAGCUGAGUCAUAGUUGUUCAUAAGUUUGUAACAAUAAGUUUCUGAGAAUUGGAGUUUGGAGAUACAGUAUUAGGAGACACUAUACUGUAUUUUGUUGAAAAUUCUCUUCUGUUAUCCUUACUUCCUAUUUGUGUUGGGUGGAUCAAGAGAUACAGUACUGUACCCCAAAGAAGAGGGGAAAUGACAGUGAGGGUGGGGCAAGACAAGUGUAGAAAGUAACAGGAUGGGGCUAGAGCAACAUGUAGAAAAAGACCAUUCCUAUCAUAAUACAGUAAAACUAAAUUAUAUCUUAGCCACAAUCUUAUGUGAAAAAUCUUAUUUCCUUUUCUUUGAUCAUAUUUUCCACUUAAAAAGAGAGUCAGUUUUAAAAUGUGUAUUUGAUGCUUAAUCAUACAAUGUUGUUAAAAGUGCUCAUACCUUAGUAAGUCUUGGUUGUUGUAUUAGAGUAUGUUAAACAAUCUUGUGGUCAGUAGUAAAACAGGGUGGAUAUACAGUACAUGAUGUGUCUCUAAGAGUUAUUGAAUCCACAGUACAGUAUAUAGAUGAAUGGAUUGCUUCUGUAAAUUUUUCUCUCCCUCUCUUCUCUUCAUACAGGGUGGCCAGAAACAAGAGAAAAUACACACUUACAGUAUAUACAGUAUUUAGAUAUAUUUAUCGUACUACCCAGGGUAUACUGUAAUAGUAGUGCCCUCCACAACCAGGCUCAGGUUAAGGAUCCCAUCAGAGUGCUUGGAGGUGACUGGUAUCCUUAGCUGUAGUGGAUGGCACCUUUGUAUUGUAUUUGCUGAUUGUUCUGGUUAUUUGACUACCAACCAGUAAAUUAAAAUGUGUUUCUCUAAUUUUAAAUCUUCACUCAAGUACAAAUCUGAAUUUUUUUUAAUGACUAUUAUCCUGUCACUUUUAAUAUUCAUUAAAAACAAAUGUAUCAUAUAAAUUUAUGCCUAAUUCAGUAUUAUAUCUGUUAGCUGGAACUCUCCCCGGAAAGUUCCUGGGAUGGGGGAUUUUUUUCUGGGUUUGAGAGAUGAAAAUCGGGCGCAUUUUUCAUAACUUCCAAGAAAAUUUUCCCAGUACCCAAAAAAUUCCAGGUUUGGGGGAAUUUUUCAAGUUUUGGGAGAAUCAUCUCCUUAUUCGGAAAUCUCUCAUUCCCAGAAGUGCUUUGUACCAAUUGUUCCAGCUAAUGGAAAUAUCACUAUAUUCAUUAUCUUAAACAUGAUAUUAAAUACUGUACCUCUUAUAAUUGGACACAAUACAUGAUCCCCAAUGAUAAAAGU